AUGCCCUCAGGGAAGACUAUCAAACUCAUCCUUUAUGAGGUUCUGCAGUUCGCGUGUUUCUGCGUUCCUGUGUUUGUAGUUAUGGAGCGCUUUGCUUCUCUCAUUCGGUCUGUAAAAUCUAGUGCAACAGCCUACUGGCUAGUGGUGGCUGCCUCUGUGGCCUAUGUGGCGUCUGUAACCCUGUUUGUUUGGGUGCCUUUGAAGUACUUCACUCUCAAGACACGCAGAUUCUCAGAAGUAACCAACUGGAGACCUGUUACACUUGCACAUGUGAUGCUCAGCACCUUACCAUGCUUUGCUAUCAUCAUAGCCAGCUCAAAGGUUCAGGUUGAUGCUGGGGUUUAUUAUGACUGCUUCACUGAGCUCCCUGUCUCACUGGUCUUAUUUUCCCUCAUUUGUGUGGACAUAGUGGAGAGAAUUCGCCCUCUUCGUCUGACGGGACAGGCAAAUGGAUUAGAGUCAGACUUUGAGAUGCCGGGCCCAGUGCUAACUCACUUGGAUCAGGUGACAUCCGUGUCUGCACAGCUGCAGGCUAAUGGAAGGUACAGGGACACAUCUCUGAGGUCACCGGUCAGGAAUGGGUCACUAUCGAGUCACUGGGGAGAUGCAGAAUUGCGCAGCACUUCUCGGGUCAGCAGCACAGCCUAUCAUUAUUCCUCCCACUCUCACUCUGGUCCUCUUCACUUUGUCUGGAUACGAGACCCUCGUCAUGACCUACUUGUGGCCAGCUUCAUGUUCUGGUUUGACACUGUGGAAAUGGUGAGGGUGACCAGGACUGUUUCCAUCUAUUACUCAGGGUGGGUCUUCCCCAUAUACAUACUGGCUUAUAUAUCCAUUCUGCGUGUGGUGAUAACCCCCGACAGUCCGUUGCUGGCAUCAUUAAGUGUUUUGUCCCAAGAUUUGCCAUUUCUUGUGGUGCGCAUCUGCCUGGUGGUGAUCUUUGGUUACGUUACUCCCCUGCUGUAUAUACUAAAGAACAUUCUCAUGACUGUAUCAUUUGUGUACUUCGUUUUUAUGACUAAACUAAAGCUGCUAAAUAGAGGAAGCAUGUUCUGAGGACAUUGUGGAGAAAAAGAUUUUCAGAGGUAUAAUUUUGAUAAUGUCCUGUAUUUUAAUCUGUAAAUAUGUUUUACUACCAGAACGAACAUGUGUAUUAGUUGAUUUAUAUUUUACAGAUGUAUCUGUUUGUUGUUGUUUCCAGGUAAAGGUUCUGUCAUUCUGUAAGUAUUUAUUGAAAAAUAUAUUGGUAAAUGCUGUUUGUACUCAUACUGCAUGUUUUAAGGUGUUCUUUUUUAAAUAUUUUUCUAUGCAUAUAAAUUCUGACUUAUAUGUAUUACAUACUGUAUACUGUAUGUUUCAUACAUUCCCACUGAUCGUAAAAAAUUGUCACUGAAAUCAUUUAACAUAAAUUCAUCAUGCCAUUUUCACAACUAAUUUGUUGAAUAUAAGAUUUUAUUACGAACACCAGAUAUAAACUUAUUGCAUAUGCACAUAUAAUUAUUAAAAUAUUUAUUGUUGGAUUUCAUUCCAAUAUGUGAGAGCAGCACAGGCAAGGCUUAUAUUGACUUAAGAUAAUGCUAAUUCU